AUGACUAUCACAAAGCAACCGACCUAUGGUUCUGACAGUUUGCCAGUUUUAUCCGGAAAUCCAUCAGAAAUUCCCGACAAUUUCAUUCCUCAUAAACGUAAUGAUUUGUCGACAUUUAGUAAGGUUUUAGGUCUUUAUUCAAGAGAUCCUGAGACAUAUGAGUUAUUUUCUUGUGAAGAAAAACAAGAUUGCCAAUUUGUUAAGAAUUGGGAAAAAAUGAAGUCAUUAUUAAAAUCCACCAAUUCAGAACCAAAUAAUCUUAUUGGAAAAGUUUCCGAAUACGUCAUCGAUGCAGGUGACGCUGACGUUUUCACUAAUAACAUGGGACUAAAAAUCAAAGUCUCUGAAUAUAAGUGCAAUGAUGAGACCCAAAUUAGAGGGGCUAUAACCACUAUGGAAAAUGAAAAUGCUUUUAAUGAUUGGUUUAUUUACCAUGUUUUGGAUCAAGCUCGUUUGAAGAACAAUGACAAACCAAUUAACAAUGAUCCAAAAAUGAAUAAGCAUAUUCUAUUUACUGAAUUCUUUGAGAAAGAAAUGAAAAAUACCAUUGCCAAUGAUCAAUGGGAAUUUGGUGGAUCUGAUUAUUUCAUUUCUAGAGUUAGAUAUUUCACUGACAGAAAUAUUACAAUCGAGGCUGUUUUACCAGCAUUUCCUUGUAAGUCCUCCAACGUUGACAAAGUUGGUGGAAAUGUUCCAGAUAAAGGUGAAGAACUUGCUCUGAGAAGAUUAAUGAAGUUCGCUAAAGAUGUUAGAUCAUUUUAUGAACCUGGUAUGAAAAUUUGGAUAGUUAGUGAUGGACACGUUUUCUCCGACUGUAUUGGUGUUGACGAUGACAUUGUCAACAGCUAUACGUACAAAUUACGUAAAUUAUAUGAAAAUAUUGCUGAAAAAGACUUAGAUUUGAUCGGAUUCUGUGGCUUGAAUGAUUUAUUUUUCAAAGGUGAAACUGCUUCUUUGUUUAACCCUAGUUGGGUUCAAGACGUCAUCGUUGAUCAUUAUACUGGUAGCAAAAUCUGUCCUAUAUCUGACCUAGCAAGGCAAGUUUUAAUGAAAGGUUGUGACACUGACGAUGGAAGAUUAAAGAAACACAUCAAUAUUGACGGACAUCCAAGACUCAACCUCUAUAGAGGGUUUUCAAAAUUUAUGAGUGAAGAUUUAUCUUUAUUACCAUUCUUCGAGAAAUCAUCUAGGAAAAAAUUCAAAAAGAAUGUCUCAAAGAUUGCAUUUAACAUGAUCAAAAGAAAUGACGCAUAUUCCAAUUUAGUUGAGUUAGUUUUCCCACAUCAUUUGAGAUUAUCAAUCCAUGCACAUACAAACCAAGGACCAAAAUUUGGUAUAAAAGUAAUCUCCCAGGAUCAAUGUAAAAUUGUCAGCUCUUUAGAAGAUGAAGUCGAACCAACAUUUGAAGAUUUAUUGCAUAUUCCAACCCCAUGGCAUAACUGUGUAGUUAAGUAUGAAAAUUACAGCUCUUCAAAAGAGGUUUCACCAGUAACCUCAGAGAGUAGUGCAAGCAAUAAUUCAGAAAGUUCGGCAACUUCUGAAGAGAAUGAAUACAAUGAAAAAGAGGCCAAUUCUGUAUAUUUUCUAACUAAAUCCAAGAUCGUUAAAGAUGCAAUUGCUAAAGGUAUAUAUGAAGGAAAUUGGAAGGAAACCUCAGUCGAGACCGGUGAAGGAGGACAUUAUGUUAUCUAUAAACGAUAUUAA